GAGCUCAUAAUCUUAUUGUUUAAUAGAAACCCUCGUGAAAGUUUGGGAGAACUCGAAAAAGCUGUGGAAAAACUCGCCUACGGCUCGGGUUCCCUCAGCAUUUCUCGUUCUCCCAAACUUCUACUCGUGUUUCUAUUCAACAAUUAGAUUAUGAGCUCGAGAUUUCUAUCAUGCAUAGAAAUCGAGAGCGAGAAAUCGAGACCUGCAGGAUACGGUUUUGACAUCUUAAACGCCAUUGUCUAAGAGCCAUUGAGCAUAAAAUUUGAAACAGGUUCUUAUUUGGAAAAUAAGUUGCAGUGUGUUCAGUAUAAAGAAGUGGAUGUAGAGAAGGAUAUGACGAUGUGUAUUGUAUUUCCUUAAAAUGUAGUCUAACUCUUUAGACACAAUUAUAUAUUCCUCAGAAAGUGACCACACACAUUGGGAAAGGCAGAAUAAGAACCUAUUUGAGAAUCAGUCUAAAUUCUCAGUAGACACCCCACAUGUAAGAACCUUUUUGGGCAAGCCUGGAAAAAUCUACGUUCUUUAAAGGGGGUGUUCACUAUAACUGAAAAUAAAUGCUGACUAGACAUCAAGAAGGUAACUCCCUGUCUGUUUUCGGGUUUAUUCUGUUUCACAGUCCCAUAACCCCUUGAAAAUGUUCUUUUAGUAGGGUGUUUAAUGUUUACUGUCAAGAAACUUGGUUCCAAUUAAGUAAGUAAUUUAGAUCCUAAUAAGUCUAGAGAUACCAAGCAUGUACAACGGCUUGUUUAGUCGAAAGAAGAUCACAGUUAUCCGUGACCUGUUUUCCUGAAAGGUUAAAAAUUUUAAUUGAAACUGAAAUACGAGCAUCGAGAGCUGAUUCUGAGAUAUGUCAGGGUAACCUGGUAAAAUGAAAAUAAUAGCUUUUCGUUGCUUAAGCAGUCAAAGAAGAAAGAGUUUUGGAAUCACGAAAGUUGUAGCGCCCUCGUCAUUUGUUAUAUUUCCGUAAAAAUGGCCUGGUUACCUUAUCGGAGUUUCCUUGUGUUCGCAAUUACACAAGUGUCUGCUAAAAGCCCUGGAGAAAAUCAUUCGCUGCAAUCGGAACAUGAUACCUUGAGGGUUCCAAAAAGUAUAGAAGCAGGCUUCAAUCCAUUAGGACUACAAUCGAAACAAGACCUGUUGGUUGUGGAGAAUACCAAUUCAAUUUGUCGUCCAGAGGUAAUCGGCGUCCUUCGUUUUCAAGCAACGAAAAAGCUCUUGGAAGUCUGUGAUGGGUCACAGUGGUUAUUUACUACCAUGGAAGUACCUCAGGAAUCGUACGGUACCCUGACCAAUCCUGGGCAAUCCUGCAAAGAUAUUCUGGAAAAGACCAAAACGUCUGUCGACAGCGGUAUCUACUGGAUUCAACUACCAGGUGAUAGUUCAAGUUUCGCUGUAUACUGCGACAUGAAAUCUGGAGGUUGGACAUUAGUGUUUAAAGCAGUGACCGGAGUUAACUCCAUACCCGCCGAUCUUUGGUUUGCAUCAUUUUCAACGAAUGAGGACGAACAAAGGGCUUUACACCCCUCCAACAACUUCAAACAGAAUUACAAGAACCGAAUCGUUUUGAAGUGGCACAGUUUUGCCCCAUCAGAAGCUCGAGUAGUCUUGUACAAAGACGUUGCAGCUCUACUGCAGAUUACUUUCAAUGCCAUCAACAGUGAUAAUUCCAACUGGUUUUCCAUGUCUCGCCUAACUGACUCUCCAUGGACAGACCUGGCGAGUGAGUCGAAGGCAGUUUUUGCCAUCCGUAAGUGGACCAGACGCAGAGAGCGUCGCUCCUUCCAUAUCAGCAAAACGUUUGAUGCCUGCGGUGAAGACGAGGGAUGGCUGGCUGUGACGGAUCCGACUUCGUGUACUUGGGAGCAACGCAAAGGUCGUGGAACCGUUGUGUACAGCAAUACACAUCAUUACACCAACUGGAACUCGCCUAGUAAACCGGAACACAUUGGUGUAGCGGACGUCUUGGCCGUCUUUGUGCGUUGAGGUUUUCACCCUGCCUGGACGAAGACAGUUGAAGUUUUCCAAAUUCAACGCUGAAGAUUCCGUCGAACAAGACAUGCUGCUGAACAGUAUUGGUGUUUUGAUAGUAAUCAUGUUAAUCUUGCUCAACUAAGCUAUAAUAUAAGUUACCUUUGCUAGGCAAAGGCCGGCCGAUUUUUUAGAAACUUUCAAGAGUUUUUACCGACUCUCGCAUGGAUAGUCAGAAAUUCAGGGAAAAAAAACAUUUGAAACGAUGCUAAAUGGAUUUGCCACUAAAAUAAGCUACAUUUUCCAUUCGAAUUCAGUAUUUCUUGCCUAGAAAAUAGCAAUAAAGAGCAUCAAAAGGAGUUUUACCCUCAUCCCAUCAAAAAAGUGAAAAUCUUUGACACGGGUUAGGUUGAGCUAGUUAUUUGUAGGCUGCAUCGUUUCCUAAAAUAAAACUGUUUUGUUAUACAAGAA